UAUAUUCAUCAUGUAGGGUAGAAGUACUUCUCUAUGGUUUGGCCUCUUUAUAAGAGCCUGCUUUCCCCUCCCUUGCAGCCUUUUGCUAGAGGAGCACACUACACACACUACCCAGAGCCUCUCUAGAGAGAUAAACAGUUUGCUUCCAAAAAAAAAAAAGAAGAAGAAUCUCUAGAGAGAGAAACAGAGAGAGAGAAGAGAGAGAAGAGAGCAUAAAUUCCUCAUAGCAAUCCAAAAGUGGAGUCCCUGCUGCAUAGCUCGCUGCAGGCAGGCAGGCAUCUUGUCUUAUUGCUUUUCUUCUCGCUACCCCCUCUCUCUCUAUCUCUCUCUCGCCUUUUGCACCAUUACCAGCAGCAGCUAGCUACUACUGCAGCCUGCAGGCCCCUCCCUCCUCUUGCUGCUGUGCUGCCUCGAGCGUUUAUUGCGUGAAUGCUCUUUCUGUUGCUGCAAUUCAUUUCAUAGCCCAUAUGAUGAUCUCUGCUCCUCCAACCUAGCUGUGCAUAACUCCCAUAGAAUCAACAGCUAGCCCACAUGUUUAGAUCAGCUGUUGCAGUGAGCCAGUGAGUAAGUAGUGCUACCACUCUCACCAGCUCGAUCCAUCGAUCAACCCAACUAAAGAGUAACGAGAGCUACGACGACGACGGUGUGGAUGGAUCGUGGCUUCAACGAGAUGAUCUUGAGCGAGAGCGUGUGGAAUGGCGGCGGCGGCGGCGGAGAUGGAGAUGGUGGGGCGGUGGUGCUGCCGCCGGAGGUGGGUGGUGUCAAUGCGGUGGACGGGAGCGGCAUGACGAUGCUGGAGAGGCUGGUGCUCGACGAGGCCCUGGCGGCGGCGAUACUCGAGCUGCAGGGCAUCCAGGCGCCGGGGUGCGGCGGGGGCGGCGGCAAGGUGGCGGUGGUGCCGCCGCCGACGGCCGGUGACGGCGGCGUCGAGGCGGCGGUCGCCUUCGCGGCGAUGGCGACGGGGACGCCUGCCUACGCUGACGUUGACGCGGAUGUCCUGCAGCGACAGCGGCAGCAUCACCAUCGCCACCAGGGCGCGAUGGGGAUGGCUGCCGAGUACGACGUCGCACCAGCAACACCGGCUGUCACGUUGAGCGCUGUACCACCACCACCACCACCACCUGCGUUCGCGACCGCAGCCGCCUCCGUUGACGGCGGCGGCGCCAUGGACGCGACGGUCUUCUCCGGCAUCGGCAACGACGACGUCGUCGACGCGGUGAGCGCCACGGUGGCGAUGACUACUGCCACUGCAACGACCAGCCAGUGCGAACGAGUCAGAGGAGGCGGCGGCGGCGGCGGAUGUGGACGUAAGCAACGCCGGCCGGGAAGAAAGCGGAAGGCCGCCGAGCCAACCGCCGCCGCCGCCGCGGCGGACAUGUCGUCGCAGGACAACCCUCUCUGCAGCCUCCUGGCGUCGAACACCGCCGGCGCCGACGGCGGCAUCCAGAUCGCGUUCAGCACGAGCGCCCCGGCGUCGAAGCGGGCGAAGCCGUCGCUGAGCAGCAGCUCGUCGAGCAUCAGCUUCGACGGCAGGGGCCCCGGCGGCAACUGCGGCGGCGGCGGCGGCGACGACCCACUGUACGAGCCCGACACGGAGGCGCUGGCGCAGGUGAAGGAGAUGAUCUACCGCGCGGCGGCGAUGCGCCCCGUGACCCUCGGCGCCGAGGACGCCGGCGAGCGCCCCCGCCGCCGCAACGUGCGCAUCUCCUCCGACCCGCAGACGGUGGCGGCGCGGCAGCGGCGGGAGCGCAUCAGCGAGCGCCUGCGCGUCCUGCAGAAGCUCGUCCCCGGCGGCGCCAAGAUGGACACGGCCUCCAUGCUCGACGAGGCCGCCAACUACCUCCGCUUCCUCAAGUCCCAGAUCAGGGAGCUGCAAACCCUAGACCGCCGGAACUACCCGAACGCCGCCAUGUCCAUCAACACCGCCGCCGCCACCACCAUGGCGACAUCCAGUUCACCAACCUACAACAACAGCAACGCCGCCAUGCCAGCCUUCGCCUUCCCGGAAACCCUAGGAUGCGGAGGAGGAGGAGUCGAGCAGCUGAUCUAAUCAAUUUAGCUAGAUAGAUUGGAGACGACGACGACGACGACGACGACAUGGAAGCCAUGAAGGCGCAUGGCGGCAUGCAUGCAAAGCAACUGUUGCAAUGUGUUGUCCAAUGUGAGACCAUCAUAUGAUAGAUUCAUCAUUGUUAGGCAUGGUGAUUAACUAGCUACGAUCAUAUCGAUGGAAUCAUCAUGCAUGCCAUGGACCCUAUUAGCUAGCUUUUUUUUUUUCUCUUCUCCUUUUUCUUCUUCUUCUCCUUGUCGUCAUAAUUUAGUUCUGAUCAGUUUGAUGAUCAUGUAUGCAUUGCAUGUCCAGCCUACGUGCUUUAUUUCCGAGCUAGAGAUCGAUUAUAUAUCAUCUAUCAACAAACGCUUUCGCCAA